AUGGUUCGUUAUUUAAUUCUGCUUGGACUUUUAAAUCUCGUUCAUCUUAGCGAAAUAUGUAAGACAUUGUAAGUAAGUACUAAUCUCAAAAAGUCAUAAGAUGAUAUAAUUUCAUAAGGUGUCACAUCAAAAUAAUGGAGUAGAAAAGCAAGUAAAAUUUUGUUUUAUUAAAAAGAAAAUCCUAUUAUUGUACCUGCGUCUCAACAUGUGGAUUAUAUCUAUAUUACAAAUGAUAAUCCUAAUUUAACAUUAGAGAAUUUCUAAUUAAUUUUCGAUGAUCAUUACUAUGCAGAUUCUACAAUAAGAUUAGAUCAUAGACCUAAUGGAAAACAUACAGAAUAUGCUAUAGAAAUUAAUUAUAAAUGUAAGGAAUAUGGAGGGACUCUUAUUAAUUAUGAAAUGCAAUUUCAAGUACCUUAAUGUGGAGAUGCUUAAAUAUUUUGGAAGAAAUUCUGUGGGAAUCCUCUGACUUUAAGAGAAGGUUUUAGUGUGGAUAUGGUCUAUAAAAAUUAUAGAUAAGAGAUUAUAAAAAAUUCAGAAAUAAUAAAUGCUUCUUAUUUUGACUCUGAUUUAGAUAAUUAUGUUUUCAAUGUUUCAAGAGACAUAAACAUAAUCAAAUUUAUCCUUUAAAUGAAAACUGAAGUCUCAUCUUAAGAUUAAAUUCCUGAAGGAUUUAUAACAGAUGUAGCAACUUUGAAAAAAAUACCAGAAGUCAAUCUAACUCAACCUUAUGUAGAUAUUGAAAUGGAAAAUGUGACUAAAUCAUGGUUUGAAGGUGAAUUAUCAAAUGGUGGACUUAUAACUAAUAAAGAAAGUGAACUUACAUUAAAUUUUAAGUGUGUUGGUUUAGGAACAUCUAAAAUUGAGAUCACUUUUCCAUUUUAAUAUUUUAAAGAUAUUACUUUAGUAAUUGUUAAAGAUUGUAAUUAUGCUUUCAAAGUAUAAAAUGUAAUAAAUGCUAAAUACUAAGAAGGUGAUAAAAAAAGUAAAAUAUAUAAUUUUAUUUAUUUAGCAUUUGCUGUUUAUUUAGUGAUAUUUAUUGUAGUAUUUGGUUUAAUAAUAAAUUUGUGUAUAGGAAGAAAGAAGGGAUUGGCAAAUAUUCCAUUUUUCACAACAUUAAUUAGUUUGAUUCUAUGUAUAACAUGCUAAUAAAAAACGUAUAAUAAAUUUUAAAUUUUAGAUGUGUGGGCAAAUGUAUUAGAAAAUGUUUUGGUUUGACAGGAGAAUCAUUUUUGCCUUCUGAGGAACCAGAUGAAACAUUUUCUUCUGGUUAAAAAUAGUUUUAUGGUUCAAUAUGA